UUUUACAGACAAGCUGGACUUAAGUGGUAACAACUCGGCUUUUCGUGUUAAUUGCAGGUAGUGUGUGACCCCAGUACGUGCAACUAAGGUAACUCCAGUAGCAAUUACUAACGAGAUUUAUCAACCUAUCAACCUUUUUGGCGCUAUUAUCAGUACUACAACUUCUACUGCAGCUGCUACUGUGUUGACGUGGAGACUGUCAACUGUAUUAGCCUACCAGGAAGUGGGUCGAGUUAUUUAUGUUUCACAACACCCAGGGGAGCAAGGGGAGUCUUCCGUAGGCAGGGGGCGUUGUAAUGAAGCUUCAUGAGAAGAUCCUGACUCAUUACCUGGCAUGCAACUCACCUGUUGAUAAAGAGGGAUACCUCUAUAAGAAGGGAGAGCGAAAUACCUCCUAUCAGAGGCGCUGGUUUGUGCUGAAGGGGAACCUACUUUUCUACAAAGAUCGCCCAGGGGACCGUGACCUGAUUGGUGUGAUCGUCCUGGAGGGCUGCUCGGUCCAGCUGUGUGAGUCUGAUGAGCAGUUUGCCUUCUCUCUGGUGUUCAGUGGAGCAGGCCUCAGGACCUACAAGCUUGCUGCUGAAGACCAGCCAAGUCAAGAGAGCUGGAUCAAAGCCCUGCUUUCAGCCAGUCACAGCUUCCUGUCCUUGCUGGUGAAGGACCUGGAGAAGCAGUAUGAAGAAUUGAGAAGAGAAGCCUACGCCAGCGAUGCCUAUCAGCGCUCUACUGUGAUUGGUCCUGAUGCAGAAAGGCUGGCUCAGUCCCUGAUUUCCUUGAACUCAGGUCCCUCCAGGUCCCUCCAGGGGCCAGGUUCAGGAGUGAGAGAGGGACGAAGCUAUAGCACAAAUCACUUGCUGCAAGCCCCUUCAGCUUCUAGUAAGCCUGCAAAUAAGAGGUCUCCAAAACUCUGGGCAAAGAGACAUGCCCAUGUCACACCUAUAAAUGGACCUACCCCACCUCCUGGGGAGUGGCCCUUAGUGGGGUCCGGAACCCUGGAGGAUUUUAGGGAACUGCAUGAGCAUUACGGAAGGGAGGUGAAGGAUCUGAGAGCUGAUUGGCUGCAGAGGAAGCAAGAAGAGGAGGGUAAGCCAGAUGAAGAUCUAAUUGAUUUUGGCUAAAACAGGAGUUCUGAAGGAGCAUCUCAGUACAUGAUUUAAAAAAAAUUGGUAAAAUCAAGACUUAAUGUUUUAAACCUGGUUAGCUUUUAAACAUUUUUAAAAGAGAUGUUUCAGUGAGUUAUCUAUCUACCGCAAUCUUUGUUUUCUCGUGUUUGCAAGUAGUAAUGUAGAGAUACAGCUUUAAUCAGAUUUGGUGUCAACUUUUGAUUUUGCCUAAUGAAUUUGAGACUGAAUGUGUCUUAUCAGUAGUGCUGUUUUUCAGGAGCAUGUUCUUUACUGUAGUU